AUGUUUAUUUAUUUGUUUUUAACACUUUUUGUGCUUAAAACCCAAUCUUAUGAAUGCGACUGUCAACCAAUCGGAAUUGAUCAAUCUUUAGGUUUUUGUUCAAAUGGAAAUUUUAAUUGUAAUCAGUUCAAUUCGUCAACUUAUUCUUUGUGUUUAAAUAAAGAUUUUCGAUUUACUGAACUGACAAUAUUUGGUUCACUUCUAAUUUCAUCCCCAAAUGUUAUUACAAUCAAUUCCAGAGCUUGGGUUGAUGCUUUUCAACUAUUUUAUAUCAGCAAAGACACCACUGUUGUUCUAAAUGGAUCAUUUCACUCGGAACAUAAUUUUACUGUCGAAGAUAAUUCGACAAUAAAAGUUUUUGGUUCUUUUUCAAUUAGUGGAGAAUUGUUGAUUGAAAACCCACAACUUGAUAAGCCCCCAAUUGUGUUAUGGAAAUCUGAUUGGCUUCACUUGUACACAAAUACCACUGAUAAAAAUUUUUAUAUAACAAAUCCCACUGGAAAUUCAAAGUGUUUUGACGUGUUUUCAAUGAACAAUUCUAAUUGUUUUAACUUUGACAAUGAUGACUCUCAUUUACAUACAACAGACUUCCCUUAUAAUUUUACUGAUGGAACUGCAUUUCUUUUAUCAAAAAAUAGACUGUUGAGAUUUUGUCCAAAAAAUACAACACUCGAAAGAACCGUGGUGUGUACUUUAAAUCAAAGUGUAUAUCAAACAAGUUACAAUGGAAAUAAAAAUUAUCCGUUUGAAUAUCCACACUGCCCAUGUGACGACGAAGACACAAAUUGCUAUUUAAAUUUGAAUCAAAACGUUUCAAUUGUCGAUUUUCAAAACGUACAAAUGCUAAAUACAAUUUUUGUGAUUGAUAAAAAUGUUGACAUUCAUAAUGCAAAUAAUAUCAAAGAAAUUCAAAUCAAAGACGAUGUCCGUGUUAAUAUUACAUCGCUGUUUAAUUAUUUCAGUACCAACUUUUCAUUUGGAACAUUAACUGUAACAGACACAAAUACACAAAAUUCAUAUUCUUUUAAUUACAAUUCGACAACACACACAUUGACAGUAGCUCCAAAAUUGAUUUUUGAUAUUGAAAUAUUCAGUCAAAUUACAGAAAUAAAAAUUGAUGUGGAAGUAACUAUCGAAAAUAUUUUAAUAAGUGGAAAAUGCUUUGUAUUCUUUGGAGAAAAUGUGACAGAAGUACAUUAUUUAUCAUUCACCCAAUCAUUUAAUGCGAGUGAUGUCGGUGUGUUGUAUUUUGAGAAAGAUAAAACUUACAAUUUAAUUAGUCCGGAUUGUAUUCUGAUGAAAAGAUCAUUUUCAAGUACAAUUUGUUUAAAAUGUAAUACAAACACAAAACUUGGAAAUGGAAAGUGUGUUGGUCUAUCACAAAAUUGCAAAACAAUCAACUCGGAAAAUUAUUGUGUCGAAUGUCAAUAUGGUUAUUAUUUGAAUGCCAAUAAUGAUUGUAUACAAUCUAAUAACAAUUGUCAAGUUGGUAAUGAAAACGUGUGUAUUAAAUGUGUAAGUAAUUAUAUUAUUGAUAAUGGACAAUGCACAAAAAACAAAGACUGUAAAGCAACGAACGGGAUUAAUUGUAUUAAAUGUUAUAAAGGAGAACUCAACGCCAAUUGUGGUUCAUGCAGUGAUGUCAAUUGUAUGACAUGUGAAAACAACAGGUGUAUUGUAUGUAAUGAUGGCUAUUAUCUUGGAGAUGAUGGAAUGUGCCAGUUAACAAUCGACACAUCGAUUUAUGUAUACAACGACAUUAUUUACUGUAAAGAUGGGUAUUACAUAGAUAACUCUGAGUGCAAAAGUUGCUCAACAAAUAAUGCGAAUUGGAUGAAAUGUGAUGUUGAGAAGCCAAUCAAAUGUUCAAAUGAUUUUGAAAUCACAGAGAGUGGUAGUUGUGAAUCGAUAACUUGCAAAAACAAUGAAAAGAUAGAACAGAAUGGGAGGUGUUCUGUAACACAAAAUAAGUGUGCGUUUACACUAAAUAAUAAAUGUGUUGAAUGUACUGAUAAUUACACGAUAGACGAUAAUGGAAAUUGCAUACAAAACAAUGGAGAAAUUGAACAAUCCAAUUGGUCAUUUUUUCAGCAUUUUCGGCUCCCCAAAAUGCACCCAUAUUUAUUUCGAAUUGUUUUGUGA